GAGGAAGCAGCAGCGAUUUCUAUACGACCCCGUCAGUCCGUCAGUAUAUCGUCGACCGCCGCCGGCGCGAGUCGACGUCGGGAGCUUCCGCUAUUCGAGUAACUUCCGAGAUUCGGAGAAAUCACGAGCGGCCUACCGAUCUUUUGGCUUAACGAAAAAUUUCAAUCUCGCGAGUUCGCGUUCUAGGCGGCAAAAUGCGAGCGCGAUCGUCCGUCACCGAACGGAGAACUCCUUCGAGGGAAAGCUCUCGAACGAGCUAGCGCGAUGAAACAACGAAGCACAGUAUCGGGACGAGGAUUUCGCUUUAGCCAGAAUAAAGGAGUGUCGAAAAAAUGAAAACGGCAAGGAAUUUCAUCGGAACUUGAACGGAUCGACGAAAUUAAAAAGGAGAUUUGAAAAAGGGGUUCGGCUCUCGGUGCAGUCGUUUCCGCGCGUGUUGCCGGCGAUGAGCGUCGGCGACGAGCGGCGUCUGCUGUUCGAGUUCAAUCCGGUAGUGCGGGCGGUAGUUGAGCGACUGUUCAACGAAACGGGGAGCGUUGGGGGUGAGUACGAAUUUUCGAGGGUGAUAAACGUGCUGAACGGUUCGGACAACCUGAUCGGUGUGAACACCGGCGAAAGGGUCGGUCGUAGCGGGGAGGACGAUACGAAAAUCGGUGCAAGUUCGCCGGUAGACGGGACGACGACGGUAGGCUCCCGAGACGAGGUGGUCGUCGGCAACCGGGACGGGAACAUCGGGGGGCCGGCCGAGAACAAUUGGUGGGCGAUGCUCGCUCUCGUUCUCGUUCUCGGUACCGCCGCCGGUAACAUACUCGUUUGUCUCGCGAUCGCUUGGGAGAGACGAUUGCAAAACGUCACUAAUUAUUUUCUCAUGAGUCUCGCGGUCACGGAUCUUAUGGUCGCGAUACUCGUCAUGCCGCUCGGAAUACUCACUCUCGUUCGAGGAUAUUUUCCGCUGCCCUCGAUCUACUGCCUCGUUUGGAUCUGUCUCGACGUAUUAUUUUGUACAGCGAGCAUAAUGCACUUGUGUACGAUAAGCGUCGACCGUUAUCUCAGCCUCCGAUACCCCAUGAGAUUCGGACGCAACAAGACGAGGCGACGAGUCGUACUGAAGAUCGUGUUCGUCUGGUUGCUCAGCAUCGCUAUGAGCUUGCCCCUCAGUCUCAUGUAUUCCAAGGAGGACGAGUCGGUGGUGAUAGACGGAGCUUGCCAAAUACCAGAUCCGCUUUACAAAGUGAUCGGGAGUAUAAUAUGCUUCUAUAUACCGUUGGGUGUGAUGUUGCUGACCUACGCCCUGACGGUAAGACUGCUAGCUCAGGAGCGACAAAACAUUGGGGGCUCGACGAGCGUUCGCUCUUCCGUGUGGCUGGGCGCGAAUCAGGACGCUCCGAGCGGAGGUCUGGACAGACGGUCCACGUGGAAAAGGUUCCUGGCGAGCAAAGGGAGCGGCGGCGGGAGGGGCAGCGAAGGCGGGACGCCGCAGCACACAUCCGGAGGUUCGACGGACACGGAGCUGACUGACACGCACGAGUUGUGGUUACCGGAGAGCGAGCCACCGCCGUCGGCGAUGUCGGCGCUCCACGCCUUCGGGGCCGAGAUGCUGAAGCUUUCGCGAGGCUUGGAGGGCAUGGCGACGAGCAGCGUCGAGAGCGAGGGACAGCGGACGACGCCGAAGGUGCCGCCGGCUCAUCAGCGGCAGCAUCGGCAACGAGCUCCGACGGCGGUUCGUUGUCGGGAGGCCCGCCACGGAAACGGCGAAUCCGCUCUCGAAGAAGAGGCCGACCGGAAGGCCGACACCACCGAAGAUCAUCAAAUUCGCGUUUCCGGUGAGGAGACUCGGGAAGAACGAAAAAAGGCUUCCUCGUGGAAACACCGCGGACGAGCCUCGACCUACAACGAAGCUCGGCUCGUACGAGCCAAAACUAACUACUCGGACCCUACCGAAAUGUUACCGAGAAAGCGAUCGGUCAGUUUUCACGAAUCCACUCUCCUUCGGAGGCGUUAUUCCGAGAGGGGAAACGACGAUUCCGACCAGCAGACCGCUCCCGAACUUCCACCCCCCUGCACCUGUCCCUACUUCGGAGAAUCCUCCGGACAAUCGACCCAACCGUCACCUCCGCUCCCCAGCCAAGUUGUUAUCGUUUCCAGCGACACUCUCGAACCGAUCGGAAAAACUGACGCGGAAAUGUGCGAAUCCGUUGUCACGUGGCGGGCCGGCAGACGCGGAUCGAGCAUCGGGAGCGCAAGAACUUUGGUAGCAGCAUCGUCAUCGCGAGCGAGUCCUUUGCGUCGAGCAGCGACGAUGCGAGCGCACAACGGUCAGACGAGUGUGUCGGGAGCGAAGAGCAGCGCCUCGUCGCCGUGUUUACCGCGAUACGGAGGAGCGACGACGGCCAAGAGUCACCGUCCGAUUACCUCCAGCGUUAUAUCGAGAAACAGUUCGCGCCACGGUAGAAUAAUAAGGCAAGAGCAGAAGGCGACGAAAGUGUUGGGUGUAGUGUUUUUUACGUUCGUCAUACUGUGGGCACCGUUCUUCGUGUUAAAUUUGGUACCAGCGAUUUGUCCCGAUUGCGAGAAGCGUAUAAACCGUAAGAUCUUCGAUCUCGUAACGUGGCUCGGCUACGCCAGUUCGAUGGUCAAUCCGAUAUUUUACACGAUAUUCAACAAAGUAUUUCGCCAGGCUUUCAAAAAAGUGUUGCUCUGUCGUUACAAAACUCAGGCUUGGAGGCCGACGAGAUAAAAAUAUGAAUAUUUCGACGAAUAAGAGUUCUCGAUGUCUCUUUCUCUCGUUCACAGAAAAUCUGAGCGGCGGGAGCGGUGCGCAGUGGAAUUUCGAAGAAAGCGUUGUUUUUUUCUCUGGAAUGGUAACGGUCGUUUGCCGUU